UUUUUUUCUGCUUUUAUAGAUGGGGUCGUAAACGAACAUUGCUAUUUUCCAUGGUGCCGUUUAUAAUUGGGUGGACACUCGUUGCCACUGCACAUCACAUCGCACAGCUUUAUGUCGCUAGAUUUAUAUUUGGAUUAAAUAUAGCUAUCACGUUUACAAUCCUUCCUAUGUAUUGCGGCGAAAUCGCUGAGACAUCUAUCAGGGGAGCGUUAGGCUCUUUUCUCCCGCUCUUUGAAACGAUCGGUAUUCUAUAUUCCUAUUCUAUUGGGCCAUUCGUUAGCUACGUAGUCUUGUGGAUCCUAUGUGCCAUCCUGCCGGUGAUUUUUUUCGUCUGCUUUAUAAUGAUGCCAGAAUCUCCGUACUACCUUCUCAGUCAAGGUCUCAGAGAUGAGGCAAUCGCAUCUCUAGCGAAGCUCCGAAGUAAACCCAAAGCAGCUGUCGAGAAAGAGGCCGAUGAAAUACAGGUGAUACUUGACGAGGCUUUCAAGAAUCAAGCCAGUUUCUCGGAACUGUUCAAAGUAAAAGCGAACUUCAAGGCGUUGAUCUACACAUGUCUCAUGGUCUCCUUCCAACAAUUUACCGGUAUCACUGUGGUGGAGUACUAUUUGCAAGAUAUCUUUAUAGCUGCCGGAGGUCUCGUUUCAAUGGAGAUAGCGCCGAUUGUCAUUGGAGUCGUGCGGGUGUUAGCGUCAACAGUGACACCCAUGGUUGUCGACAGGUCAGGUAGAAAGAUACUGCUCGUUUUCUCCGGCAUCGGAGAGACAAUCAGUUUGUUUGCCCUGGGCUUAUAUUUCUACCUGAAGGAAGUACAGCACGCGGACGACGUGGUAGAACAGAUAUCCUGGUUGCCGGUGGUCUCACUCAUCAUCUUUAUGAUCACAUUCAGCAUAGGCUGGGAUGCAAUUCCAUGGGCAAUGACGGGCGAGAUGUUUGCCUCGAACGUAAAGGCUAGUGCUUCCAGUAUAACGGUUUUCGUCUGCUGGUUUUUGGCCUUUGUCACCACCAAGUUCUCUAUCAACCUCGAUAAGGCAUUCCAUGGCAUGUACGCGACCUUUUGGAUGUUCGCAGGAUUAUCUUUCCUUAGUAUCUUUUUCACGGUAUUAUUCUUGCCCGAAACGAAAGGCAAGACACUUCAGCAAAUCCAGGACGAACUCAAUGGAGUGACAUGUCGAGAAAGGAACGAAAACGUGAAGAUGGAAAAUUCGCGUCCGAUUAUCCUGACGAAUGGUGUACGCAUAAACACCUGAUAAAUUCGCAAAACAUUAAAAAAAAAUUUUAUAUUUAUAAAACAUAUGUGGCAUAAAGUUGUAUAACUUAUUUAGAUAUUUGAUGUUAUUUACUGCGGAGAAGAAUGAAGCAGAGUAUUAGAAAUGCGGGUUAUAUAUAUACACACCUAUAUCCCAUUGCCAAUUUUAUAGAGAUAUAAUAUAACUCUUUAAUAAGUAAAAAAGGAAUAUAUAUCCUUGCGCUUGGACCACCGUUUAAUCUCCUGUUACUAGUAUUGCUUGAAUCAUAAAGAAAAACGGAAAACGGAUCAAUUAACAAACGAUUGUUCGACAAUAUAAAUGAAUUGAUCAAUAAAUGUUCAGGAAAUUUAAA